AUGCCGGAGCCAAGCCCUGCCGUUCAUGCCAUUGUGGAUCUGAUGAUCCUCGACUACCUGGUCUGCAUGUGUAUCAGUGGGCUUAUAGAAGCAAUUCGUCAAGCAAGAGCAACCGAAGAUAUUGAAUGCUCUGCGCUCCUGGUUGAACAAUUCCACCGGCGGCUUCUCGGUCAUCGUCUUGAAGGCCCCUUGCCUUGGGACCUGGACUUGAAAUUGCGCAUCUUCUACUUGUCCAAUCAAUUCCUCCACUGGGACCCUCCCAAAGAUCGUGAUCUCGGUCACUUUGUGCCCCUGUCUGAUAUCGCAGUUCAAUUCAUGGACUUCUGUCACUCUGCAAUCGCCCACAUAUCCUGGGCACGCUGGUUCGACCUUGGUGCCCACUUCAUGGUUCAUGCGAUUCUGGAAGAACAAGUGCGCUUCCCAGACCAGCUUCACAGAUUAUGCAACUGGAGAACAAACGACAGUGAACUCGACAUAUGGUGGGAGGUUAGCCGUACCAUGUUCCUGGAGUACAUGCCACCCCCAUUUGGUACUGCGGAUCCAAUGAGCCGAGAAGAGCUCGAUGGGGUGUGGCCUCUUCAAUGGCUACAGAAUCGUUACGUCGGUUUUUUCGAGGAUCUUAUGGAAGUCCUGGAUGCGCCCCUUCUUCUUCAGCUGGAGCGUGGUGAACUGGAAGGCUUGACCCGGGAGGAGACAGAGUGGAUUCGAAACUAUUGUGGAAUUUGA